CUAAACGCACACUGGUCACACUGUGUUUUGAUGCCGAAGUGAAAAAAGCGAACGGAAAGUUGCGAGCGGAUAAAAUUGUUUUUUCGCACGCCAAAAAGGAGAAACAAAUGCUUGCGUUGUUGGCAAGCGGAUCGAGCAGAAGCAGCAGCAACAACAAACUGGCCGAAUCGGAAAACUCAGCGCAAAACUCCAACAACAUGAGUUGGGGCACCGAGCUAUGGGAUCAGAACGAGAAUCUAGCGAUACACACGAACAGAGGCAUCGAUGCUCUGGACAAGUUUGCCAACUUCUUGCGCGAUCGAGUGGCCAUAGAAACGGAAUAUGCCGGCAAAUUAAGGCGCCUAGUGAAAAACUACCAGCCCAAAAAGAAGGAGGAGGAAGACAAUGAAUUCACAUCGGUGCAAGCGUUCCGCAAUCUGCUCAAGGAGGUGGGCGAUCUGGCGGGACAGCGCGAGGUGGUGUCCGAGUCCCUCCAGCUGCAGAUCAUCGCGGGAGUGACGCUCCUGUCCAAGACAUUGCGCGAGGAUCGCAAGAAAUGCCUUAGCGAUGGUGCCACCCUGCAGCAGAACCUCACCGCACAGCUCUCCUCGCUGGACCGGGCCAAGCGGAACUACGAGAAGGCCUACCGCGACUCGGAGAAGGCGGUGGACAGCUACAAACGGGCGGACAUGGACCUCAAUCUCAGCCGGGCCGAGGUGGAGCGCUACAAGAACGUGAUGACGACCAAGAUUCAGCAGUCGGACGAUGCCAAGAACGAGUACGCCAAUCAGCUGCAGAAGACGAACAAUCUGCAGCAGCAGCACUUCAGCAUGCUGCUGCCCGCGGUACUCAAUCGAUUGCAGGAGCUGGACGAGAAGCGCACACGUGGCUUCAGGGAAUUCAUUGUGGGAGCGGCGGAUGUGGAGUCAUCGGUGGCGCCAAUCAUUGCCCGCUGCAUGGAGGGCAUCGUGAAGGCCGGCGAGUCCAUCAACGAAAAGGAGGAUACCUUCAAAGUCAUAGAAAGAUAUCAAUCUGGUUUCACGCCACCAAGGGACAUACCCUUCGAGGAUCUGUCCAAGUGCGAUCCGGAUUCCGUGCAGGACUCGCACUACAGCAACUCGACAUCGAACCACCUGACCAUUAGGGGCACGAUGAGUGCCAACAAACUGAAGAAACGCGUGGGCAUUUUCAACAUAUUCGGCAGCAACAAGAAUUCCCUGACUGCGGAUGGACAAAAGGAGGACUUCAGCGAUCUGCCACCAAACCAACGAAGAAAGAAACUGCAGGCGAAGAUCGCCGAACUGACACAAAACAUCGCCCAGGAAACAAAAGCACGGGAUGGCCUGAUGAAGAUGAAGAUCGUCUAUGAGGCGAACUCUUCGCUGGGCAAUCCCAUGACCGUCGAGGGACAACUGAACGAGUCGGAACACAAGUUGGAGAAGCUGAAAGUGGAUCUGAAGAAGUACCAGGGCUUCUUGGAGAAGGCCAGUCAAAUGCCGACGGCCACCAGCAGUCCACAGGCGACUCGAAAUCAAUUGCAAAACGGUCAUCGAACCUCUAGACAUUCCAAUGGCAGUGCCGAUGACCAUCAUGAUGAUGGCGACGACCAGCCCGAUGAUGCUGGCAGCUUAAGCAGGUCAGAUUCUGAGGAUAAUGUGGCGCAAAUACAAAAUGGGCAUAAUAAUAACAAUAACGGCAGUUCGGCAAGUCCCGAGAGUGGCCUUGGCACUUCGCACACAUCUCUGCCAGGAUCUGGACAGGGCAGCGCCAACGAAAAUGCGAUUGGCGAGGAUACCUACUAUGAAACGGAAGUGGAGACCCUUAAUCCAGUGGGAAAAUGUCGAGCCCUGUAUCCGUUUGAAGCCUCCAGCGAGGGAAGCAUACCCAUGAGUGAGGGCGAGGAACUGCAAGUGAUCGAGAUCGACCAAGGAGAUGGAUGGACGCGUGUGCGGCGGGAGAACAACUCCAAUGGCUGGGACGAGGGCUUUGUGCCCACGAGUUAUAUUGAGUGCACGCUCUAUGCUUAGGAUUAAGUUCAUUUUCGGGGCGGGCAAUCAGCCGGGCGGUUUUAAAUGUUACCUACUCAGCAAACUCUUGCGUAUGUUCGAUUGAUUUGUGUACUUUUGUCAUAACUUUGCGUUCUGUCGGACAGCCAUACCACACAAAACAUAGGAAACACAAACACACCUAACUUUCACACAACACUGUACAUUUGACCUAAGCUAAGUUCGAUUCAUUUACCCUUCGUAUGCUUUGUAUAUUUACUUUGAUUUUAAACGUCAUUGCUCUUAUGGUAGUGCAAGCUAUAUCAUACUAUAAAUACUAUAGUCAUAUGCACCUACGAGCAUACCUCACCUAAUUGUAAGCACCGCAACGUUUCCCUCUUCACAACAACAAUCAUGAUAACACCUAUUUAUAUACAUAUAUGGAACCAGAUUUAUAUGGCACUUGAAUACGUGAGAGCAUGAAAAGAAAAUCUAAAACUGACACUACGGCCGUUGGACAUUAAAAGUAAUCUUGUGAACACGUUCUCACGUGCAAUCCA